CAACUUCGAUGCACAUUCGUAACAAACCAAAAAUUAAGAAAAAUGCUUUCUGAUGGCUCUUCAUCCCCGGAAAUUCUCGUUCCUGCUCAAUUUAGAAGAAAACAAGAAAUGCUUGCUAAGAUGUAUUUGAAGAGCAUUGAGAAUUUUUUAGAAAACAAAUUAAACGAAAAAGCAAAAGAUGAUAUAUUAUGGGAGCAGAUCCGUUCAACACUAACAAAUAUAAGAAUGUUUUUUCUUGGAAAGAAUCCAAAAUUCGUUACCACCAUAGAAGCGUUGGAAGCGAUAGAAAACUAUCUGAAGGUUCAAUUUCUACCAAAAACUAAAAAGCAAAAAAAACCAGUAUUCAUAGACUUGACACAAUCAGACGAUGAAAUUGAAAAUGCAGAUGAAAAUAGCAACGACUCAGGUUUUGAACAUCUUCCUUUCAUAACUCCUAAAGAAGAAGUUCUCGAUCCACCGAUUUCGAGCUCCACAGAUUUAAGAGGCCUUCAAACAGAUGACAUCGUAAACGAUGAAAGUUCUGAAAGUUUACAAAAUACGUAUCAAGAUUCACAUGAACCUCAGCCUUCAACGUCAACUGCUUCAGUUAAUGUUCCAAUAAUGAAUCGUCGAAAAUCUGUUGGAUGCCGCCCUACAAUGGACUUGCCUUCGAUAGCCGAGUAUAAAAUCAAACAUAACACAUUAAGACCUUCGUCAACUUAUGCAAAGCCAAAUUUAGAGAAUCAUCAACCUCGUAAUAUUAUUUCUUUACCUGAUAAAAUUGUUCCAAAAGUUUCGGAGCCAUGCACGUCUUCCGCUGCUGCAAAUACGAAAGUACAAAAUAACAACAAUAAUAAACCUGUUCCUAAUAAAAAACAUCUCGGGACCUUAAAAAAAUUCGAUCCAAAAGAAGAAGCAAUAAAAUUAGAUGGAAUAAAGGAAAGACUCUACAUAAAGAAUUAUCUCGGCAUAUUAAGAAAGGAAGAAAUAGAAAAAGAAUGUCGAGAAAAACUUUCCAGAGAGAUGGAAGCAAGAAAACAAGAAGAGAAAAAAGAAAAGCUUAGAAAGCGAAGUAAAUCUCUUUGCAUUACGAAUAACAGAAGCAAGCCAAGAACAAUACCAAAGAACAAACAAAUAAAUCCUGAAAAUGAAUCUCAAAUUAUUUCACCGACAGUCUACGAUAAUAUUGACAAAGAACUUGCAUUACUCAACAGUUCAUCACCAUUUAACGUGAACAAUAAUUCGAGAAAGAGAAGAAUUGAAAGUAAAUCAAGUUCAGAUGGUGAAGAUGAAAUUUAUGACCCGAGAGAGACUCGUGAAUUAGUUGCCAAAGAAAUUACCAUUCCUAAGAAAUCAAUGCGAUUAAGAUCAAAAUCUUUAUACUAUGAACCAAAAAAAACUACACCAGAACAUGAUGAUGAAUAUGAUUUGCUUCGUGAAAUCCCUGGUAAAGUUAUUCGUAUACCUGGAACCAAAAAACUGCCAAAACGUCGAAAUGCUAUUGACGAACCAAUAGAAAUAUUGACUCCUGUAAAGGCUGAAUCUGAUGAGUAUGAAUCAAAUCAACAGGUUGAUUAAAGAUGAGAAAACUAAAAGUUUAUUUCGAUACUAAAAUGUUUUCUUUUUCGAUGAUUUUCUUGUAUUGAGUAAAAAAUAUUACAUAGUUUAAAAUUGCAAACAAAAAAAAAGAGAAACACAAAUGAUAAGAUAUGAGAAAUUAAUAAGUCUGUGGAAUCAAAUGUCAGUUUAUGAAAAUUUAACUUCAUAAGAUAACAUUUUAUGAACUUUCUAGUAUUAUUUUGGUUUAUAAAUUAAAGAAAGAAUAUAUUUUCAAUGUAAUCGCUUUUUAUGAUUAAUUAUGUGAAGAUUUAUCAGACUAAGUGCAGCAAUAAAAAGAAAAAUCAAAAACAAUUAUCGGGGGAAUUCAAGAAUCAUUUCGUGGAAGUGAUUAAUGAAAUAGAAUUAUUGAAUAAUUAAAAAAUAGUGAAUCAUACCAGAGAACUUUUCCUCCUAUCCACAUAUCCACAAUCCACUUGAUCCUAAACAUUACAAAUGACUGCAUAAAUGAUAUUUUAUAAGCUUCUUCCUAUUAUCCAAAUUAAAUCCUUUUUCCUUCAUUUUACUUUCCCUCGUUGUCCAAAGACAAAAUCCUUCUUUUUUCUUAAUUUAUUUUUCACUUCACACGAUAUUAAACUCGCGAUUUUCGCGCACGUUUUCGCGAUUGAAUAAAAGAAAAAUAGCAAAAAUGUUUUAGAAUAUUUUCCUUGAAUCCUCCAGUAGUGUAAUUUGAAAAUGAUUAAGAAAGUCGUUUUCUU